CUCCUCACUGUGAACUCACUUUUUUUCCUCCUCAUAUAGUAGCAGCAUCACAGCAAUGGGAGGUUUAUUCUCUAAGCCUUCACCUCCACCUCCACCUCCUCCCACUUUCGACGAACCAUGGAGAGAGCUGUCUUGGGGAGAAAAUACCAGAGAUCUCCAGUAUGCCAGGGAUUACCAACCUCAGAGUGGGGGCGUCUCACAUCUCAGAGUCAUGCUGUACGGGCCAGUCGGAGCAGGAAAGUCCAGCUUCAUCGACUCUGUCAGCAACACCUUACGGGGAAGAAUGGGUAUGGAGACCAUGACCGGCACAGAUCAAUCUACUAAAGGUCAAAGUCUCACCAAAAGAUAUAAGACUCAUCGGAUCAAGAAAGAUGGCAGAAAUGGCUAUUACAACUUUGUCUUCAAUGACGUCAUGGGUAUCGAGGAUGGAACUGGACGUGGUGUCCACGUGGACGACAUCAAACUGGCCAUGCAGGGACACGUGAAGGACGAAUACAAGUUCAACCCAGUAAGCCCACUGACCAGUGAUGAUCCCGGCUACAACCAGUCACCGUCUCCAGAUGAUAAAAUUCAUGUCCUGGUUUGCGUCUAUUCUGCCAACGCCUCGGAGAUUACAGACUCCGUUCUACACAAGAUGAGGGACAUCAGAGAGGCUGCCUGCGACUUGGAUAUUCGCCAGCUUCUCAUUGUCACCAAAGUGGAUGAAGCCUGUCCUGAAACUCAGGAAAGUCUGAGGAAUGUCUACAAAAGCAAGCAUGUGAAGAAAAAGAUGGCAGAGUUCAGCUCAAAAGUGGGGAUUCCAAUGAGAUUUGUCCUUCCUGUGAAGAACUACAGUGAUGAAAUUUCCAUCGAUCCUGACGCUGACACGCUGAUCCUGUGUGUACUGAGAUUGAUUCUUGACUUCGGAAACGAUUUCCUUGAACAAUGUGCACAGAAUACAUCCACAGACUGAUGCCACCAGUCCAUCGCAGGAUAUGCACGCACGCCCACACACACACACACACACACACACACACACACACACACACACACACACACACAAAUAUCUUUAAAUUCACAGAUUUUUUGUGCUUCAUUUUCUUUACAGAAUCAAUAGUAACGCAAUUUGUGAUUUUAAUUGUGUUCUGUGCUGAAGUGGUGU